GCCCAACAAAACAUAAAAGCGAUUCAGAGCUGGUCUACUAGGGUUUACCGCAAAACCCUCCGACGUAAUGAAAGCUUUAAGCUCGACGCAGGUUUUGCAAGAGAAUCACACCACUGAUCCUGAUGCCGUUAUAUCUCUUACUUUCACCCACAGAGCUCUAUCCGAUGUUUCCUGCUUGGCUCAAUUCAAGAAAUUGGAGAGAUUGGACCUCACCUUCAACAAUUUGUCGUCUCUUGAGGGUCUGAAGCCAUGCUUGAAUUUGAAGUGGUUAUCAGUUAAGCAGAACAAGCUUCGAAGCUUAAAAGGUGUUGAAGGACUUGCUUGUCUAACUGUACUUAAUGCUGGCAGCAACAUGCUCCAAUCAAUGGAGGAGGUCAAGAGUCUUGUGAGGCUACGUGCACUAAUCUUGAAUGACAAUGAGAUUGUUUCAAUUUGCAGAACUGAUCAGAUGAAAGAAUUAAAUACCCUAGUACUUUCAAGGAAUCCAAUUCGUAAAAUUGGUGAAAAUCUAAGCAAGGCUAAUUCGAUCACAAAACUGUCUCUUUCGAACUGCAAAAUUGAAUGCAUUGGUUCUUCAAUCAAGUCCUGCACAGAACUAAGAGAGCUCAGGCUUGCUCACAAUGAGAUAAGGACUCUCCCAAGUGAGUUAGCUCGAAGUACAAAAAUCCAAAAUUUGGAUUUGGGAAACAAUCUGAUCAUGAGGUGGUCAGAUCUCAAGAUACUUUCUUCAUUGGCAAACCUGAAGAACCUGAACCUAGUUGGGAACCCGGUUGCUGAGAAGGAUGUAUUAUCAAAGAAGAUAAAGAAGCUGGUGCCAAGCAUACAGAUAUUCAAUGCAAAGCCAAUUGAUAAAGUCACAAAGAAUGUGAUUGAUGAUAACCCUUCAACUAAUGCUUCUGUGGAUAUUGCUAUGAAAAAAGAAAAGACGAAGAAGCCUAAGCUGAAUAACAAAAAUGCUUCAGAUGAUGAGGAAAAUACACAUUCAACGGACCCUAAUUCAGAGAAGAAAUCAAAGCGCAAAUCAAGGGACUUGAAGGACGGAUUCGUCACAGAGAAGGAAACAAUAAAAAGGUCAAAGAAAGCAAUACAUGAUGAAGAAACUGUGCAUCUUGAAAACAACGAAAAUAGAAACGAAAAGAGGGAAGAAGGUGAUACCAUCGAAAAGAAGAAAAAGAGGGUUAAGAGCAAAGCCAGAGGUUCUUCUGCUGUGCAGUUGCUGAGCCCAGAGGCCGAAUUUGGGUUAGGCGGGCCCUCGGCAUGGGAUCUGGAAUAGCUGUUAUCAUUGGUUUUUGAAUUUUGAUUUGCAGCAACUUUGGGGAGAAUCUUGACAAGAUAAACAGCAGUUAGGAUCCCUGAUGAAACUUGUGUUUUGCAGGUUGGUUUAAAUGUUUGAUUGAAGCCGGGGUUUUCUCAGAAACAGUCUCUACCUUUUAGGAUAGAAGAAACGUCUGCAUAUAUAGAUGCCCCUCACAUCUGCAUGGAAUUUAUGGGUUUGUUUAAUUUUGUUUGUUUUUUUUUAAAUCUUUGAUUGAAGCAUGUUCUUUGUUUUUCAUGCCACAAGUUGCAACGUUACUUUGUUCUUUAACGAAUCUUAUGCUACCUUUUUGGCAAUC